AUGUCGAAGACUUUGGCUUCAGCCUUUUCAAUGCUUUCCUCAGCGCCGCCGGCGGCCCUGCCCGAGAACGAAAAGUCGAGCUCGAAGAAGACGCCGCAGGAGGGGCAAGGGAAAUACCAGCUCUUUCCCAAGGGGAGGCAGUCACCCAGUCCGAGCAACCACUCAUCGGUGGAUCCUGAUACCGCGUUUGCCCUCGCCUUGAACAGCAACAAGAACACGGAGAAGCUGGGCGCGAUCCCGGCACUGAAGAUCAAGCUGAACCAACAGCCCAUUGUCCGGCGUCGAAAGGCCAACAACAUCCCGGACCUGGGCCCCAUGACGACGGUCCAGGAGGUGGCCAUGGACUCUCCGACAAUACCUGGUCUACCGGCGUUGCGAGAGCGUGCUGGCAGUGCCUCCCAGGACGAAUCAGCAAGAGACCGAGCUGGCCCAUACAAACUCGGUAAAGCGACGUACACACCUCCCAAGCAGACUGAUGCGCAGAGGCGACCCGUGGGCUCUCAGCCUCCUCGUCUGCCCUCACCAAAGCGGCUGGCACCCCUUGUCAUUCCCGAGCCACAGCAGCUUACCUUCUUGCAUGAUGUUCAGCAACCGUCCCCUCCGCCGAUGCUUCUGCGGACCGAUAGUGCACCGCUGCUGGGAAAUGACUCCAUUCCCAUCCAAUACCUGACCCCUAUCAGCAGCUCGGAUGCGAGUCGUCCUGCCAGCUCCGGGAGCGUAGUUUUCAACUCGGCCACGACGCUGCCGACCCCCAUCUCGGCCUCGACAUCGGACGCCAAAUCUGCCACCGCCAAGCAGUGGGAGCAGCCCUCCUCCCGCUCAUCUAGCCACAGGCGCUUUGCCUCGGACUCUCAGAGUGCCCAACACAGAGGUCGGACAAAGAAGCGAAGCGAGCAGCACAAGAAGAGCAACUCUCACCCGACCGUCCCACACACGAGCAGCGGUGAGAAGAAGCGAUCCAAGAGUGCGGAGCAGCGCGCGUUCGAAGAGCUUCCUUCUGGCUGCAGACCGCUGCAAGCCGUGAGCCAGAUGAGCGCCAACGACCUGGGCAUUCUUCGCCAACAGGCUCUUGGUCAGGCCGAGCGGUUCGAGGUUCUUCAGGUGGAUGAUGUCGAACGCCUGUCUAAAGAGCUCCGUAAGCUGGACGAACGGGUCGAGUAUCUCCGCCGCACCUACAACUCCCUGAGGAACGGCCGUCGCAACUUUCACUCUCGCAUCUGCCAGUAUCUCCGGUCACCGAUGCGGGGAUCCCGGUUGAGCGCCGACUCGAUGCUUCGACAGGAGGAGGCGCUGGCAGAGCUCGAUGCCUCGAUUGAUGGCUGGGUGAUUAAGCUCGAGCGGGCCGAGAACAGACGCACCCGCGUUCGGCAGAAGCUGCUUGAACACAUCGCCGCGGCCGCGAUACUCAAUGUUGGGGGAGAGACACCCUCGCCCGUGCAACCAACGGCACGGCCACCAUCUACGCCGUUACGGCCAGCCUCACCGAUGCAAGCCCGAACUGUGCAGGACAUCGCCACGCCGCCCCGAAGCCCCGACAGGCCGGCGUCCAGCAGCCGCCCCGUGAGCGCUUCACCACCGCCGCUGCGCGUUGUGGCCCAGGUGCCCAGCAUGAUCCUGGAGCUCCCCGCCGAGCCGGUGGAAGCGCAAAGCAAGACUGAACUGACACGAACGCCAACGAUGAAGAGCUCUGACGGAGAGAGCAUCCGUAUCUAUGCCGGUGAUGAGCUCUUCGCCCUGCUGACGGACGUCGAGGACGAGAUCAUCCGGAUGAACAAUGUCACUCCCGAGUCUAGCAGCAGUCCCGAGUCCACCACCGCCCCAGAGUUCGGCGCCACUCCCGAGCCCAUUGCCUUGCCCGCUCCCGACAGGAAGCACACCGAUUUCCUACAAGUCGGGCAGAAGCAGUCGAGGAGCAACCUGAGGCUCAGCGCCCAACCCGACUCGCCCACCCUUGCCGCGCCGCCGCUGAUGCUGAAGAGUACCUUUUACCGUCCGGCCACUCCCAACAGUCAGCCCCCUUCGCCACCUGCUCCUGUACCUCCUCUCAAGGAUGUGCCAAAGGAUGGUGAAGUGUUCCUCACCAGUGCCGUCUUUAAGCCGAAAUGA